AUGGUGGAGUGGCGGCGAAGUUUCUUUCCGCUGAGCGACGGCGAGCAGCAAAUAAAAGAGCUGCUGCAGCAGGGGGUGAUGUACUGGGCUGGGCGGGACAGGCACUUGCGGCCGCUGCUGGUAAUUCGGCUGGCUCGGCUGAGCAAGACGGCCUCGCCCGAGGUCUUCAAGCGGCUGACCAUCUUCUGCUUCGAGUGGGGCCUUCGCUACCUAAUGGUGCCCGGGAAGGUGGAGACGCUGACUGCGCUCUUCGACGUGCGGGCGGUGCCGCUGCACCAGUUCCCCCUCAGCGCGCUCUCGGACAUGACCGGCACUCUCACCAAACAGUAUCCUUUCCGCCUCAACAAAAUGCUCAUCCUCAACGACUCCUUCUUCAUCCAGACUGUGUGGAACAUCGCGAAGCAGUUUCUUACUGAAGUGCAGCAGCAAAAAAUGCUCUUCCUUAGAUCUGGAUUCGAGGAAGAGCUCCUUAAAGAAUACACCCCUUGGCAACUGGAGAAGUGCUACGGCGGCACUCGCCCAGAAACACCUGCGGAGCACCCGUACGAAAAGGCUUUUGUGGCAGCGGAUCGUUUGACAGCUUUUGGAGUUCUUUGGGAGAAGAGCAGCAGGAAGCCAAUCCAGUGGAGUUCUGCUGCUGCUGCUGUUUUCCGGGACCUGGGGCUGCCGCUGCCGGAGGCGCUGCAGCAGCAGCAGCAGCAGCAGGAGCAGCAGGAGCGGGAGCAGGAGGCGCAGCAGCAGAAGCAGCUCGAGGAGCCUCCUGACGGUGCUGCUGCUGCUGCUGCAGCAGCAGCAGCAGCGGCAGCAGCAGAGGCCGAGGGAGCCGCAGCGGAAGCAGCAGCGCGAGACGCAGAAGCUGCAGCAGCGGAGUCCGCGCGGGAAGCUGCAGCAGCAGUGGAGGUGCAGCAGGAAAUAAAAGAAAAAGAAGAACUCAAAAGUGAGGAAAAAGAAGAAGAGAAGGGGGAGAGAAACAACGGGGAGACAGCCCCAGGUGGCGAUACACCCCAGAUCGCUGCUGCUGCAGAAACUCCGAGGAAAAACUCCCAAGAGAAAAAUCAAAAUAAUAAAACUGUAAAUAAUAAUAAUAAUAAUGACAACAGAAGCAGCCAGGCGAACACAACUGCGACAAAUGAGGCAGCAGCGCAAACGGUGAGGGGCCCCUGA